GACAACUGGGAUUUUGUGUGGCGCGCGCCACUCUCAAUCGCAAGCCAUAGGACUCGGCGAGGGGCAGAGCUGGGCCGUCGCUUGCGUUGAAUCGAAAUGCAAAUUCUUACGGUCUUCGGAGUUUCUCAAGGCAAGAUUCGGCUUUCAUUUUCCUUUCAAUCUCAAGCUUCUACUACUUAUUUCUCUCCGAUUCAAUCUCGACUUGAACGUUCUUCUUUUGGGAUUGCAUUUGACAUCGACGGUGUUGUUCUACGGGGCCACCAUCCUAUUGGAGGGUCUACCAAAGCUUUGAAGAGAUUGUAUGUGGAUUCUACAUCUUCUGGUACUUUGAAAGUUCCUUUUCUUUUCUUGACCAAUGGAGGUGGCACUCCAGAGUCCAGACGUGCCAUUGAAUUGAGUGAACUUUUGGGAGUGAAUGUGUUACCUUCUCAGGUUGUACAGGGCCACUCAAGUUUUAAAAGUUUGUUGUAUAGUUUUGAGAACGAACUUAUUAUUGCAACUGGAAAAGGGCAGCCAGCUCUUGUUAUGUCUGAGUAUGGUUUCAAAAAAGUUUUCUCCAUUGAUGAGUAUGCUUCGUAUUUUGAGAAUAUUGAUCCUGUAUCCCAAUACAAGAACUGGACAUCCAAGCAAGCUUUUGGUUUGAACUGGAACCCCGAGAAGUUGAUGAGAAAGCAAAGUGUUUUAUCUGAAAGAGUGAAGGCGGCUUUUGUUGUCAGUGAUCCUGUUGAUUGGGGCAGAGAUAUCCAAGUUCUUUGUGAUGUUUUAAGAUCUGGAGGCCUUCCAGGACAGGAGAAUGGGAAUCAAGUUCCUUUAUAUUUUGCUGCAGUUGAUUUUGAAUAUCAGGCUGCAUUUCCUUUUAAGCGGCUUGGGAUAGGCGCCUUUAAAAUUGCACUAGAAAGUAUAUUUAAUAGGAUUCAUCAUAGACCUCUCGAAUACGUAUCUUAUGGGAAACCAAAUCCUCUUGUGUUUAAGAAUGUUGAAGCUGUAUUGAGACACAUUCUCUCAUCUCAUUGUGAUGAUCAUUUUGUGAACGAAGGGGAUAUUGAAUUUAAAGGUUUUAAAACACUUUAUAUGAUUGGUGACAACCCCCUGGUAGACAUUAAAGGUGCACGACAGGCAGGAAGACCUUGGUUUUCUAUUUUAACAAGGACAGGAGUCUUUAGGGGCAAAGAAAAUCACGAGGAGUUUCCAGCUGAUCUUGUCGUUAAUACUGUCGAAGAAGCAGUGGACUAUAUUUUUGAAUCAGAAUGUGUUUCAUAAUGCCUUUUGUUCUGCCCAACAAUGACCUCUCACUUGACCUCUCUGUUGGCAUUUCACAUAUAGCAUCUGAAUUGUAUAAUGCACACAUAAUUACAACGUCCAAAUUCUUUACUCUUA